GCUUCAUGCUAACUGACACAGCCCCUGUGACUUCCUGUUAGGAGAAAUGUCGCCCUGAAGCCCUGACAGCAGCAGGAGGCUCCUCUGGAUGCUGACAGUAGUUCAACAUGGCUGUGUUUGAAAACUGCUCCGUUCUUCUGGAGCUGAAAAGUCUGCCCUCCAAGAAGAAGAGGCAGCUGAAGUCUGCAGUGACAGAUAACGGAGGCCAGCUCUCCUUUGUGGUCAAUAAACAGUGCUCUCUGGUCGUCACCAACAACGUGUCCAACCUGAGCUCCAACCGGCUGAGGAGCAUCCAGAAGCUCCAGAUUCCGGUGGUCGGCCUGGACUACGUCUACAGCUGUCUGGACAAAGGAGUCCUGCUGCCGGUGGACCAGUACCAGCUGGAUACCUCCUCACCUUCAUCACAUCCUCCUCAUCCUCGUCUGUUCACACCCAGGCAGGACCAGCCUCCACAUGCAGGUCAUGUGGUUCCAACCAGAGUGCCGACCAGCAGAACGCUUCCUGAACCGAUGGACUCUGAUGGUCCGACUCAGAUGGAGGAAACUGCAGAGAAGCUCAGAAUUUUUACCGAAGCUGGUUCCGGUCUUGCUGCUAACUUUCAAGUGGCCAAAUAUUCAAUCUUUCAAAAGGAGAACAGCAACACCUGGUGUGUGCUGGAGCUGCAGAGCACCAAAACGGAGAAAGGACGACUUUAUCGAGUGAUCAGAUACUGGAAGGACGACGUUGGAGCGAAGAAAGCAGCGGUGAAGCAAAAGCAGGUGUUUCCGUCCACGUCAGAGGAGGCUGUUAAGGCCUACCAGGUCCUGAAAGGAGAAAUAGAGGCUUCUGGUGUGAAGAAAAAGAGUGUUGUUCCUCCUCAGAACCAGGGUCUGGGUUCUGCUGCCCUCCAUCAGCUGCUGCUGGAGGAGAAACUGAACUCUGGAAGCGUGUCUCAGGAGGUGGGCCGGCUGGUGGAGCUGCUGUGGACAGAGGCUUUAGGCUGCAUCGGAAACAUCCUGUCAGUUCCCAUCAACAAGCUCAGCCUCAAUGAUGUGAGCAGAGCUGAGGGUUUGUUGCUUCAAGCUCAGAAGAACCUGAAGGAGAACCCACUUCAGGUGUUAUCCCUCCUGAUGGAGUUCAACUCUCUGCUGCCACACAGGAACCCUGAACAUGAAGCCACCGCCAAGUUCUUAUCAAAGAAACUGGACCUCUGUCAGCUGAUUCGAGACGUUCUGACGGUCAGUGAGAUGACUCUGAGGAACUCGUCGCCAUCCUGUGUUGGGAAAUAUCGAGCUCUGAGGUGCAGCGUUGAAACUGUUCCCCCUGGCAGCUCUGAGUUCCACGCUGUGACCAGCCAGCUACAGGACAGGAAGCUGCAGGUCCAGCAGGUGUUUCGAGUCAACAGACCGGUGGAGCUUCAGACGUUUCAGGCUGAGAUCGGUAACGUUAAGUCGCUGCUGCACUCGUCCAGUCCCAGCAACUUUGUAGGAAUCCUGUCACGAGGCUUGCUCCUUCCUCGUGCUGCCGUGGAGCAUCAUGGGAUAGAGAGGACCGACGUCGGCAAUCUGGGCAGUGGGAUCUACUUUACCAAUGCCGUGAGCACCUGCUUGAAAUACUCCAAACCCAGCGAGACGGACGGCUCUCGGCUGCUGCUGGUUUGCGACGUGGCGUUGGGUCGAUGCUCAAACGUCUACAAGCGAGAUGUCACUCUGACUCGAGCUCCUGAAGGUCACAGCAGCGUUCAUGGAGUCCGCCGAAACCGAAACACUCCGUCUGAGUUUGAGGAUGAUGAGUUUGUGGUCUACAGCCCUGAUCAGGUGAAACUGAAGUAUGUGGUUCAGUUCAGCAUCGAAGGAGACCUACCGAAGGACUUCAGUCCAGACAUCAACACAUCAGCUGAGACCACCAAGCCUCCGUCUGACCCCGAUCUGGGUUCAGAGGUUGACGGGGUGGAAGACGAUAAAAACCCUCUGGAUGAGGUGACAGCAGGACUGUUGGACAGCUCCGGGCAGCAGCUCCCCCUGCAGGCCGUCCACGUGAAGUGCAAGCUGAUGGAUCUGCUCUCUCAGGUUAUUAUUUUUCAGAAAUAUACCAACCAGAGCUCGGUGCCCAUCGAGGCCAAGUACGUGUUUCCUCUGGAUGAUUCUGCUGCCGUGUGUGGGUUUGAGGCUUUCAUCAACGGGAAGCAUGUGGUUGGACAGGUGAAGGAGAAGGAGACGGCUCGUAAAGAAUACAAACAGGCGAUCGCUAAAGGCCACGGAGCGUACCUGAUGGACCAGGACGCACCUGAUAUUUUCACCAUCAGUGUAGGAAACCUGCCUCCAGGUGCCACCGUCCUCAUCAAAGUUACCUUCGUGUCCGAGCUGAUCGUCAGAGAUGGAGCCGUUUUAUUCUCUUUGCCAGGGAGUGUAGCUCCGUGGCAGGAGUGUGCAGCGCUGAACCAGACCACACAGGUCACAGUGGAGAAGGUCUGUGUGACCGAUGAAGCAGCAAGUCAGAGAGAGUUCACCCUGGACAUGUCCAUUGAGAUGCCCGACGAGAUCACCAGCCUGCAGUGCAUCACUCACCGAGUCAAAACAAAGAGAACCGACUGUAAGGCGGUGCUGAGUGUGUUACCAGGAGAACUGAUGGGUUCUGACGGGUUCCAGCUGUCGAUCGGUCUGUCCAAGGUGCACAUGCCGAGGAUGUGGGUGGAAAACCACCCCAACAAAGACAGCCAGGCCUGCAUGCUGGUUUUCUAUCCGGACUUCAAGGUCGGUUCCCGCGCAUCUGCCGAUGAAGUCGUCCUGCUGCUGGACACGUCUGAGUCCAUGAAAGGAGAAUCUGUGCGUUCGGCCCGAAGAAUAGCUCUGCAGGUUUUGAAAAACCUUGAUCACAACGUGAGAGUCAACGUCAUUCUGUUUGGCACAGACCACCAAGAAGCUUUUCUGACAGCGCAGCCUCUCGGUAAAGUUAAAGAGGCAGCUCAAAGUUUCAUCAAGUCAUCAUCACUAGGGGGCAGCACUGAGCUCUGGAGGCCCCUAAGAGCUCUCAGCCUCCUUCCUCCGUCCGUCGGUGUCCGGAACCUGCUGCUGCUGUCAGACGGACACAUCCAGAACUCAGAAGUGAGCCUGAAGCUGCUCCGAGACAACGCCCAGCACAGCCGCCUCUUCACCUGCGGACUCAGCCCGACAGCCAAUCGACACAUGCUCAGUGCGUUGGCCCAGGCAGGAGGCGGAGCCUACGAGUUCUUCGACACUAAGACCAAACACACCUGGGCCGAGAAGGUGUCCCGGCAGGUGAAGCGAAUGGCGUCUCCUGGCUGCAGCUCGGUGUCGGUGAAAUGGCAGCAGUUCAACCCAACAGCGCCCCCUCCUGUCCAGGCCCCAAAACAGCUGAACGCUCUGUUUAACGACUGUCACACACUGGUGUACGGCUUCGUACCGCACUGCACAGAGGCGACACUGGAGGGAAACCUGAGCGGUCUGAAGCUCCAAACCAUGGUGUCGACCAGCGAGCUGCAGAAGACCAGAGGCACGUUUCUUCACAAGCUCACAGCAAGGGCCAUCAUCAGGGACUACGAGGACGGAUGUCUGGACGCUAGCGAAGCUGAACACGAGAGCCAGAAGGCGGAGCUGAAGUCCUUCAUCAUCGAGUUGAGCAGAGAGUUCUCCAUCCUGUCUCAGUUCACCAGCUUCGUGGCCAUCGAGGAGAGAGACUCGGACCAAUCAGAGGAUGGCGUCACCGACAUCCCCAAGCUGCUGGCAGACGAGGACGUGGACUUCCUGCCCUACAUGGACUGGGCUUCUGCUCAGGGCUCCUGUGAUGAGAUGGACGACUACGAGGAAACGUCUCCAACAUACUCACCCACGAGCCCCUCCUUCUUGUCCAGCGCCUCCUCAGCACCAGUCAUGGCUGAAAGAAAAGGAGAAACAAUGCCAGAACACGUCUCCUCUUCCUCCUCUGAGACGUCCUCAGAUGAAGACAAGAAUUUUGGUUUCGUUUGCAAACGUCAAAGGGAUCGAUCUCCUGACAUCGAACUACAAAACGACAGUGUUGAGAACAAGAUGGAUUUUUCGUUCUCCGAGGAAUCAGAUGGAGACAUGGGUUUCGGUCUUUUUGAUGAUGGUCUUCCUCCUGCUGCUUCUGCUCCACCACGUGUCGAACUCCUCACAGAAGUAACGAACGACAGUGUUGAGAACAAGAUGGAUUUUUCGUUCUCCGAGGAAUCAGAUGAAGACAUGGGUUUCGGUCUUUUUGAUGAUGGUCUUCCUCCUGCUGCUUCUGCUCCACCACGUGUCGAACCCCUCCCAAAAGUAACGAGCCGUGUAGAUCAGGAGAUGGAUUUCUUCUCUGGAUGGGUUUCCAACGAUGAAUUCUCAGGACACUCGAUGUUGGGCAGCAGAAAAGAGGCAACAGGAGCCAUGGCUAAAAGGACAGAAGCAGGCGUGGCCGAGAUGCGCGCAGAAUUGCACAUGGGUUUCCGUGAUUUCAAAGAAUGUUCUCUUGCUGAUUUUGCUCCACCACAUGUCGAACUCCAGCAGGAUGAAGCUCCUGACACACAAGUAACGAGCCGUGGACAAAAGGAAUUGACCUUGAAGGAAUCAGGUCCAGACAUGGGUUUCCGUCUUCUCAGUGAUCGUACUCCUGCUUUUUCUGCUGCAUCACACGUGGAACCCCAGCAGGAUCCACCUCCUGCUGCUCCUAAAGCCCUCUCAUUUCUGGAAGAAACUCGUUUUGCUCGGUCACAUGUUGAACGUAAAGGCAUUGAAUCUUCUCGUCAGGUGCUCGACUCAUGGGUGAAACCAAAGCGUCUUUCUAUGCCUGCUCCUCCUCCUCCUCCUCGUUCAGCUUAUUCUGUUCCUCACUCAGCUCCUCCUCCACCUCCUCCUCCUUUUUAUGAAGGCCCUCCUCCUCUUCCUUGUCCUCCUUCUCUCCCAGGUGUGCCACCUCCUCCUCCUCCUCCACCUUCUUCUCACCAAGUUGCCUCUCCAAGGCGACAUAAAAAAGCCUUAAUGGACUUGUCAGAAAGUCGCUAUUUUGCUCCUCUAACUCCCUCACUGCUCGGCGAUCUACCUGCCAUUAAAACAAAGGAAGCUGGCAGCAGGCCUUUCAAGCUCCGGUAUAAGUCCAUGUCUGAUCAGUCCGAGGAAAGAGGUGAAGUACUUCAAAAACAAAAACAGGCAACAGAGGGUCCUCCUCACCUCGACGAUGUGGCCGAAGACCUGUCCCUUGGGUCGACCCAAUCCUUUUGGGGGUUCCAAAAAUCCUCUUCUACCUUUGGUUCUAAAGUUGCAGAUGAAUCUGUCAGGGCAUCAGCUCCUGCUCUUGGACGGUUUCAAGCUGCAGAAGUUCUUCAACAAGCGGCCGAACGCUCAGGAAUUGGUGAAAAAGCUCCAGCCCAUUACAGCCCAUCCCCAGCAUAUGUUCCCACAGCAUCGGCAGGUUUCGGUUUUUCUACUCCAUCACCGUACCUGGGUUUAUCUGCACCUGUUGGAUCGGUUCAACCACAAAAACCACCUAUUGAGAUGCCCAGCCAGUCCAUGUUUUGUUUUGGGCACUCUGCUUUGGGACGGAGCAAUUCUUCAGCAGCACCACUGUCUUUGGGUUUACCUGCAACUUUUGGAUCACUUCUACAGCAGCAGCAACAACCGCAACAACUGCAACCACAACAACUGCAACUACGACAACAACAGCUACUACGGCUUCAAACUGAAACGUCCAGCCUAGGGUCGAGUCUGGACCGACCAGCCCCAGGUAUUUUUGAGGGCUCUGAAUCUGUAUCUUUCGGUUCUUUUACUGGGUCACCAUCUCUGGGUUUGGCUGCACCAGUUGGACCAGUUCAACCACAACAACCACAGCUUCCUACCGAGAUGUCCAGACCAAUCCUACCUUCUUUUCUAGGAGCUCCAACGCCAUUUCUUGCAUCAGCGUCUCUGCGUGAAUUUGCAUCAGUUGGACAGGUUGAACAACAACAACAAGACCAACUGCUUUAUGGCCAGAAGUACAAAUUUGCCUCGGGAUAUAGAUCAGUAAUACAACCUUUGAGUCGUAUUAGUACAGCAGUGCGUCUGGGUGAACCUGCACCUGUUGAACCGGAUGAACUAUCACGUCGUUCCACAAGCUUCAGAUUUGGUUUAAGGGGAGAUGCACCUUCAGCUUCCAGUUCUUUCGGUGCGUCAUCUCUGACUCAGGAUAUCCAGCCACGUUUAUCUCUGUGUAAGGGGACGGCCGUCUCUCGCACCCGAGGGAGACCUACAGAGCUGUCCAAAACAUCUCGAACCACUGAGAGACUGUUGAACUUGAGGCGAUGGGAAGACAUCUUCCAGCUGCAGCACCCAGAGGGCUACUGGGAGUUAACCAAGGAGCUGGGCAGACUUCUUAAGGUCAGCGUGGACGUCUUCGCUAACGUGUUCCUGAAAAAGAAAGGCAUCCAUUCUCUUGGUGUGAAGGCUCACGAAGACAUCCUGAAGAUGUUGGCCACUCUUCUGGUUCUGCAGCUGCUGAGGCUGGAAAAGCGUGACGAAGGAAAACUGCUGCGAACCCUGUUCUCUCUGGAAGAAUCCUCCGAGCCGAGGUCCGUCCAUUGGGAGGCACUGAAGAAGGCGGUGGACUGGGUGUGCUGGGCCGACCGGCAGUAUCCCUGCAUCUACAGCCGGCUGGAGUUCGGAUUCAACUGGGAGUCGUCCACCCGACAGCUGCUGGGAUACGAAGACAUCCCUCCAUUCUCGGCUCUCCACCUGGAGAACGUGAAGGGGAUGCUAGCAGUUCACUAAUCAAACCUGGGUGCCUCUUGCUAUUAUUUUUAAGGUUACCUUUUACACAGAUAUCCGUGCAUUUCUUUGCUUUACGACUUAUUCCAUCUUAAAAUCAGCUAUUUUUUGGUUCAUGUGCUAUAAGAUGAAGUAUCUUUUUUUAAUGUUUCCACUCAGCCGCAAUGAGAGAUUGUUUGAUCAACUUGUUCAAUGUUACAGGUGAACAAUUCAGUUAUCUAACCGUUAGGCUAACUGUCAGGCUAAUCAUCAGGUUUACUGUCAGGCUAAUCAUUAACCUAACUGUUGGGCUACAUGUAGUGCUAACUGGUGGUUAACCAUCAGGCUAAUUGCCAGGCUAACUGUCAGACUAAUAACGAGCUCAAUGAUGGAACUUUUAUGACAGCAUUCAUUUUUCCCAUGUUUCAUCUCACCAGUAUUUAGAGAUUAAUAAUCUACUGUCUAAUACUGUUGAGACAAACCUGCUGAAAGUGGGUCAUCGACAGAUUUCUUAAAAUUAUGUUUAAAAUUUUCCAAAAACAUCCGUAUUUCAUGUUUGAAAGAUUCCAGAGAUGGUUGAGCAGAAUUCUUUCUCUAAUUUGAUUAGAUAAUAAUUAUAUACAUAAAUAACCCUUUUGAGCUGUUGGUGUGUUUACAUGCACUGAAAUAAUCAGAUUUCUAAAACCUUUUUAUCGUAUAUGACAUUACAUGAGCAAGAUAAAAGGAAAAAUCAUACCGAGGCUGAAGCAGCAGCCUCUAGAAGCCAAAUCAUCCUGUUAGCUAUAAACGGAUUACUCUUAUUCCUUGAGUGCACACACAGUAUAACCUUUAAUCAUCCUAGUUUAUCACAUAUAUUCAGAUUUAGUUGAAUUAGCUGCGAUUUUAAACCUACAAAGGAAAAGUAAGAUGAAGACCAAAGUUUAGAAGAUCUGACUGAAGGAAAGUCUUAAUUUUAGAGCUGGAAAAAAAAAAACAUUUUUUACGGUGAAGAACCGCUUUGAAUGUUCGACCACAAGCCGAGCUUUUUCUCACAAACAUCAGUGAUCAAAGAUAUUAACCGUGAAUAUCAGGGUUUGCUACUAAAAAAAAAAAAAAAAGAACUUGAUGUCCAAAAACCUCCAAUCUGAGCCAAAAGUCUGAAAAUCAAACAUCCUGUUGUUGAGGUAAAUAUCCAACAGCAAGCAUCCAACCAAACCAGGUCUGAAGUUCCUGGAUUCCAGUCCCGUCUAAACCCUUUGAUGGAACCCAAAGAUCACUGGUGAGAGGUUUAUUGGAGGUCAGAAGGUGUUAUUACCUCCGCCAGGAGGUUAUGUAAUCAUCGGAGUUUGUUUGUCUGUUAACAGCAGAACUCAAAAAGUCAUGGACGGAUUUUCACCAAAUUUUUACAGAAUGUCCGCAAGAGCAAAAGUAACAAUCGAUUAGAUUUUGGAGGUGAUCCGGAUCACCAUCUGGAUCCAGAAUUUUUUUGAAGGACUCUGUACAAUUAGGAUCACCUCCAAAAUCUAAUCGAUUGUUACUUUUGCUCUUCCAGACAUUCUGUAAAAAUUUGGUGAAAAUCCGUCCAUGACUUUUUGAGUUGUGCUGUUAACAGACAAACAGACAGACAGACAGAUGGCCUGGCGGAGGUCUGCGCUCUCCGAGCACUUUUCUAGUUAUUGUUGUUACAUAUUGAUUUUGGGAUUGUCAUUUUGAUUUUGAAGCUUUUUGGAUUUUAUAAUACAAGAUAUAAUCAAAAAGUUCUGUGUCUGUGUGAAUAAAAAUGUAAAAUCUUCCCACCGUGGUCUCGUGGUGCAGCGACGUUCUGCUCCCAGGGCUCCUGCAGCUCUUCUUCUUCAGUCCUGUUCUGGAAACGGGUCGUCUCUAAGAAUCUGAAUCUCCUGAAACAGUUACUCUGAAACUUCAACUUUCAAACCUGGAGACUAGAGUGGAUGGAAACUGUGUUGUUGUGGCGUUGGAACUUAAUCACCGUGACACGUUAGCGGUUUUAGCUGAUGAUCUUCUGUGAUUAAGGGGCUUAAAUGCUUUGAUUGCACCUUUAUGUGAUGAAGCAGUUUACUAGAGCUGGACCCAAAUAUCCGAAUAUUCGUUCGCUACGGCGGUAUUCGGAUAUUAAUUUUGGGAUCCGAAUAUUCGCCCCCCCCCACCCCCCCCAUCAGUCGUUAGUGGGCGGAAAGAAUAUGUGGCGUUUAACUGAAGACGAAACGAAGACAAAUUUUGACACCCCCCCCCCACACACACACACACACACACACAUACAUGCACACACGUGCGCACACACAACAAGACUCCCCCCCCCCCUUUUAAUAGGGCCCGAAUAUUUAGAGGCCAGAAACCACUAUUCGGGCCAGCCCUACAGUUUACAGAACGUUAAAUAGCUGUCAGAUUAUUGGAUGUUGAUGCUUUUCAUGGUCUAAGCUCGUACUGCUUUUUGUGUGUAAUCAUGAACCCAAUAAAAUUUUAAAUGAAAAAUA